AUGGGCAAUUUCUUCUGGAAGCAUCUCCUCCUCAUCCUUACAGUUGGCUCCGUCGUGCUCGGCAUCGUCGCCGGCUUCCUCGCCCGGAACCUGAAUCUGGAUGCCCAGGACAAAAUGGUGGUCGGCUUCCCGGGAGAGGUACUGAUGCGCAUGUUGAAGAUGAUGAUCUUGCCGUUGAUCAUGUCCUCGCUCAUCUCGGGCUUAUCCCAGCUCGACGCCCGCCAAUCCAGCAAAAUGGGCUCGUUGGCCGUCACGUACUACAUUGCCACCACAGUGCUCGCCGUCAUUACGGGUAUCAUCCUCGUGCUCACCAUCCACCCCGGCGACCCAUCGAUCAAGCAGGAAAUCGGAACCGGCAGGGCCGGAAAGAAUGUCUCAACCCUCGACACGAUGCUCGACCUCGUCCGAAAUACAUUCCCCGAAAACAUUGUCCAAGCCACAUUCGAACAAGCCCAGACGAAAUACGUGGCCAAGAAGGUGGACCUCGUGCGGACGAACGAUACAAGAUCUAUAGAGGAAAUCAACAAAGCGAGCAACAUGGUGGCCACGAUCGAAUAUAUUCCGGGAAUGAACGUGUUGGGCGUGAUCGUCUUCUGCAUAGCCGUCGGCAUCGUGUUGUCACAAAUGGGCGAAGAGGCGAAUGUGAUGAUCCAAUUUUUCGUCAUCCUCGACAAGGUCAUCAUGAAACUCGUCAUGGCUGUCAUGUGGUACUCACCAAUUGGUAUCUUCUGCCUGAUCGUCAACAGGAUUCUCGAGAUCCCGAAUAUUGGCGACGCGGCGAGAAUGUUGGCCAUGUAUAUGAUCACUGUUAUUAGCGGCCUCGCCAUCCACUCGUUGAUCACAUUGCCGAUCGUGUUCUUCGUGUUCACCCGCAAGAACCCAUACACGUUCAUGAAGGGGCUUGCACAAGCCUGGGUGACCGCUCUCGGCACGGCGUCAAGCUCGGCCACGCUGCCCAUCACCUACAAGUGUCUGGAGGAGAAUCUGGGCGUGGAUCGCAGGGUGACUCGUUUUGUGCUUCCCGUCGGCGCCACGAUCAACAUGGACGGCACGGCCCUCUACGAAGCUGUGGCGGCGAUCUUCAUCGCCCAGGUGAACGGCGUCAACCUGAGUUUCGUGCAGGUGGUCACCGUCAGUUUGACGGCAACACUCGCCUCGAUUGGCGCUGCCUCGGUCCCAUCGGCCGGUCUCGUCACAAUGCUUCUCGUGCUCACCGCCGUCGGGUUGCCCGUCUCCGAUGUGAUGCUCAUCGUCGCUGUUGACUGGAUGCUAGAUCGAAUCCGCACGUCAAUCAACGUGCUGGGAGAUGCGUUCGGCGCCGGGAUCGUGUACCACUAUGUUGAGAAGGAUCUGAAGGAGCAUGACGCCGAGAGGAGACUGUCUCUCCGGCAUCCAUUCGUGGACGAGGACAAGCUGUUGGCCAGUGUGCACGUCGAUGGGGAUGGAUACCAUCGAGUCUCCACCACCGCCCAC